CUUCCCAAUUUCCCGCCCAUCUGUCACCCAUUUGGCAACUGCCCGGAAGCAUGUUCUCUCCCCUUCAUAUAAAUACCCAUAAUCCUUAUACCCUCUUCGUCAUUUCAUUUCUCUCUGAUUCUUUCCCCUUCUUAGAUAUCUUAUUGUUAGAGAAAAACCCCAUUUGUUUUUGCUGUCUUUUCCCAUGGAAGACUCGGUCAAAGACCAAACCUCUGCUUCUGGCAAUGCAAAGAGAUCAGCAAGCAGACUUCUCAGAUAUCCUCUUCGAUCUGCUGCAAAGUCCAAGGAGGAGAAGCCCCCUCUGACUGAUGCCUCUAAUUCUUCUCUACCUAGAACCAGGGGAAGGAUUGCAUCAAGUGUAAGUAAGAGUGUGGGUGUGCUUGAUCUCUCUGGCAAGGAGAAAUCUGCAAAGCCACCAAGACGGCUGUCCAUUCCUGCAAAGUCAACUGCUAGUCCUGCUCCAAGAUCUGUAGGAAAUACAACUCCCAUAUCUGAGGCUAGGGCAAAGAGGUCCACUGGAAAAAGUGACACACCGCUUUCUGAUGUUUCAAAAUCGUCUCUUAGAAGAAAGUACAACAGUCUGACUCGAGCAUCAUAUUGGUUGUCUCUGAUUAAGCUCUCUGAAUCUGCAUCCAAGCAAUCAGUCUCCCUUGGCUUCUUUAAACUUGCUUUAGAGAUGGGAUGUGAGCCUCUUCAACUCUUGAGGGACGAAUUGAAAUCCUAUAUUCGGCGCCAUAGCCUUGCUGAGUUUGGAGAGACUCUGAAGGAAUUGUGUCAAGGCUACAAUAUUUCAGAGAGCUUAGAGCAGUUGCAGGUUUCUGAAACUUGUUCCCAUGUGCCUGAUGAGGAAACUCGGUCAUCUGAUGAUGAUGUACAUAGCUCGUCAUCUUCAGCAGACAGUCAGAAGCUGAAAUUGGAGCCCUCGAAUGCUGGCGUUGAUAAAGCUCGUCAAGUUAAAGACCCAAACAAGGAGAAAACUCAAAAGAAUGAGUCUGCUACUAAAGUCAGGAGAUCAGCAAAGAAAGUGGUUCCAAAUGCAAAGUCUGGUGUUGAAGCUGGAGCUGGUAGAACACACAAGAAAGUUCAAAAACCGAGAAAGCAAGAACCACAUAAUGAUAAGCUGAAGAAGCAGGGAAAGAAAUCGUCUAAUGUAGAAGGUUCGCUCAAUUCCCCACCAGAGGAUAAAGCACUCCAAGAAAAUAAAGAAAACGUGGAGGCUGUGGAGACUGAAGAGAUGAGUUUGUCUGAAGUUUAGUCAAUGCCAAAUGCAGCUGUCCAGUUUGGUUUGGUCUUCAUUAUUUUAUCUGGGGCUUUUCCUUUUGUAUAGAUACAUACUGCCGUGUUUUACAGGGUGAAAGUUAGCAGCAGCCAAGCAUUGUGUGAAGUGUGAAGUUUAAUAUUGCUGUCAUUUGUUUUGGUUUGUGAUGCCUGGAACCUAAACUUCAACUGUCUAGCUUUUAUACAUGUACUAGUUUGGGAUUAUCCGUUUUGCAUGUCAAAUAUCUCGUUUUUGUGACUCUUAAUAGCAUGAUUUUUUGCAAGAUUA